AAAUAAAUAAUAAUACUAUAUUGAUUUAUGUAUUUAGGUUUGGCCUUAUCUACUCGGUGUAUAUAAUUGGACAAUGAGUGAAGAAGAAAAACAAACUAUCAAUGAACAAUUAAAAGUACAUUAUAAUGAAAAAAUAAAAGAAUGGACUAAAAUAGAGAAGAUUAUUCGUGAUAUGGAACAAAAUCAAACCAUAAAUACAACAUUAUUAUCACAAAUGAACAAUGGUCAAACUACUGAUAAUCUGACACACAAUUCAUCUCCUUUAAUUGAAUGUAAAGAAAAUAUUUUAAAGCAGUUUUCCCAUGCAUUAGAUUCUGUAAAGAAAGAUGUUGUAAGAUGUGAUAGAAAUAAUUGUGUCUAUUCUAAAUUUGAUUCACAUGGUGAUCGUAAUUUGGCUACAAUUGAACGAAUCUUAUUAACUUAUGUAUGGGAAUAUCUUGAUGAUGAAUAUACUCAAGGAAUGUGUGAUAUAGUUGCACCAUUAUUAGCAUUAAAAUUAGAACAUUCCAUACCAUCAUGCAUAGAUACCAAUAAUCAAUCUUCAUUGAUAACAAAUGAGAAUUCAAUAGAAUUAUUCAAUGAAAUUGAAAUUAGUACUUAUAUCUUAUUUAAGUAUUUAAUGGAAAAUCAUUUAAAAAAAUUAUUUGCAAAAGAAACUGCAACAUAUUAUAUGGAUCAAAAAUUUGAUCAUAUCAAAUCAUUAAUACAGAUAUUAGACCCUGAAUUAAUUGGUCAUUUACAGAAAUUCAGUGAUUUUACACAUUUCUACUUUUGUUAUCGAUGGUUUUUAUUAUAUUUUAAAAGAGAAUUUAAUUAUCAAGAUAUUUUUCAAAUAUGGGAAGUUAUUUUAUGCGCUGAACAUAUAAUCUCUAAUGAUUUUAGUUUAUUUAUUGCUUUAGCAUUAAUUCAAUAUUAUAGAGAUGUGAUCUGUUCAAAUCAUAUGGAAUUAACGGAUAUUCUAAAAUUUUUUAAUGAACGCGCUGAACAUCAUAAUGUUGAUGAUAUUUUAAAUCUUGCUCGACAUUUUGCAAAUACUGUUCAAAAGUUAACUAGUAAAACCAAUGAUAAUUAAUAUAUACUUGUUGUAAUCCAUAUAACAUUCAAUGAAUGAAUGAAUGAAUAAUAGUCAUGGUAAUAGUCUUGUACAAGGUACUUCAUAUAUCUGUUCAUAGAUAUAUAUAUGUUGGUUGCUAUGAUGUAAUAGUCUAAUUCUAUAUUGAUUUCAAUCAAUAUAUACUGUAAUCAUUAUUGCGUAACCUUUUUUUUGUUUUUUUACUUUUGCUUAGUUGUGAUUGUUUCAAUGAUGUUGUUGUUGUUGUUGUUUUUCUCUCGAUUAUUUUUCUUUUUGCCAUUUCAUAAUCUAUUCCAUUGUUCAUUUUUAUAUUAAUGUAUACAACAGAAUAAGAUUUUGUUAUGUAGUUUUCUUUUCAUAGAGAAAAAUAUUAAUCAAUUUGAUA